AGGUGCGUGCACCACUACCUGGGACUGCAGGUUUCAUCUUUUGAUAGUUUUCUAAACAAAUUUGUGAAAGAGGUUCAGUAAUCUUGCGUCGCUUUUCUUUCACGUUCGUUCCUACUUGUUCGUCAGCUCGUUUUGCAGCCGUGUACCUCCGCCCAAGCAUCGCAGACACCUUUGUCGUUGCUUUCAUUCGCUGUCUGUGCAUCAUCUACCUUUCUGCAUUCGUUUCUUUUCUGUUUUGCGUUUGCUGUUUCUUUGCUGUGGUGCCUGCACGCACCUCUGAGCUCUCCCACCUUUCACCAUUUCUGUCAUGACGUUGUUACGUUAACGCCACACACGUUCUUUCUUCCGUCCCCUCCCACAAUUCCAUCUCUCUCCUUCUUUUCUUUUUGCUUCGGUUUGUAGUGCCUGGAACAAUGUCGAACAGCGCUUCCGGAGACAUGGUCAGCGUGCCCAGCAUAGCUAGUAUGGCGAGCAUGGCCAGUGGGAUGAGCUCGGAGGAGAGCGAAAUGCCGAACAUCCACCGCGGCGUCGAUGCGGCGGUCUUCAUGAUGUGGAAUAACCAGUAUGAAGGGGCGCUGGAGAGCCUGCGUGCCGAGAAGGACAGAAAUCCUCGCUACGCGCUGGAGUGGGCGAACGUGAGUCUCGUCAAGACGUUGAUGAGCUCCACCAACGAGGACCGCGAGAAGCUGCUGGACCUUUACAAGGCCGCCGACUCGCUGUCAACCUCCACCAAGUACAACGAACCAAUGUUCACCGACGACGACGACGACGACGACGAAGAAGAAGAGGAGUGCAUGGAGAAGAGCCGGAAGCAGCUCAAAAAGGAGAAGAAGCAGAACAAGAAGGCCUUCAAGGCUCGCAAGAAGCACGCCAAGAAGAGUGGCGAGUUCUUCGAUCAGACGUGGAAGCUCGAGUGCGAUGUGAUCUACGCGGACGCGCUUCUCAUGCGCUCGAUUUGCCAGCUGAUGAUGAACUCGUACAUCAAAGGCGGCAUCAACCUGCGCAAGGCGUGGGGGUGCUACCAUAGCCUGAUCCAGAUCGUCGAGAAGGACACGGAGAACAAGAUCCCGAAGGAGCUGAAGAUGUGCAUCAAGUACGGCACUGGCACCUUCUACGCUUUUCUUGCUCUGGUGCCCGCCAACCUGAUGAAGCUGCUGAGCAUUAUCGGCUUUAUCUCGGACAAGGACCUCGGCGAGCAGUACCUCACGGAGGUGUUUGAGAGCAACACCAUCCGCUCCCCGUUCGCAGCCUUGGUGCUGUGCACCCUCUACCUCUUCCUGCCAACCGGUCUCGGCAACGUCGAGCUCACCCUGUCGCGCGCGAAUCGCAUCCUGGUUACGAUGAACGAGCGCUACCCGAAGAACACGUACUUCAACGGCUACGCGAACUUCUAUUACCGCAAAAAGGGCGAGGUUGUACCCGCCGUGAAGUCCAUCACAUUGGCAGCCGAGAACGCCGAGAAGGCCGGUCUCGUGCCGCUCCUCAUCAAAUACCUCUACGCCGACACCCUCUUCAUGAACCAGCAGUGGGCCGAGGCGCUCGUACAGUACACCAAGAUUCUCGACCAUCUCGCCAAGACCAAGGAGAAGUUCGCCUACACAGGCCAAAUCGUGCUCUCUGUCGCGGCGUGCUAUGUGAUGCGGAACAACGACAGGGACGCGAUGGUGUGGUUCAAGAAGGUGGACUCCAUGUACAACCCGAAGUCGAAGAACGACUCCAACUCACCCAAGUUUGCGUACCGCGUCAUCUCCAACCCGCGCCUGCUGCCGCUCGCUGGCGUGUACAUGCUGUACAUUAAUCGUGAUCUUGCCCACAUGAACAAGGAGCAGGGGGAGCGCGUGCUGAGCGAGCUGAUGCGCGUGACGAAGGACAAGGACCUCACUGGACCCGAGGCGGAGCACAUGUACAACCUCUUUGUCGGCGUCAUCAAGAAGGGUAGUGAGGACAUCGACGCCGCCUUCUCCUACAUGAACAAAAUAUUUGAUAACGAGAAGAAGAUCCCGCAGGACUCGAUGAUUCUGCCGUUUGCGUAUUACGAGACAGCUGAGAUGGAAUUCCGCCGCGGCAACAUGAAGAAGUCCAAGGAGCUUUUCGAGAAGGGCAGCAGAAUCAAAGGAGACGGCAACGAAACAUUAUCGAACCGCUACAGCAUAGCGAUGAAGCAGCUGCGCCGUGCGAUGGAUGAGCGCAACUGA